AUGCAUGUUUUAAUGAAUACAACAAAUUAUGAUUAUGGUCAAGUUAAAGUUAAAAUGAAUAUUAUUUUCAUUCGACAGGCAAGAAAAGAUACAGUAUUUGGUGAUUAUUAUAUUGAUUCAAUUGACGAUGACGAUGAUCAAAUUAAUGGAAGUAGUAGCGAAGAAGAUAAUAGCUCUUGUGAUGAUAAUAAAUUACUUGAUCAAAGAACCAUAUCUGUUAGUUAUACCUUUACAACACCAAGUCGAAUCAAUGUUCUCCAUAUUCUUGCUCAAUUACUAUUAGUUUCAAAACGUGUUUUAGUAGCUAUUAUCCAGUCUUUAAAUCCAUUACUUGAAAUAUUUAAUGAAAAAAGUUUGAACAAGGAAAGAAUUGAUAUAAUUAGAUCAUCUAUGCUAGAUAAAAUGAUUGAUUUUUUAAAACCAUGGAUUCAUGUAAUGAAACGUAUUCAAUCAUUGCAAGUAUCAUCAAUACAUACGGUAACACCAAAAGAAACAUGCUUCUUAUCCUAUUUUGGUGGAAGCUACUGCUCGUGUUUAGCUGUACCAGCUACCAGUGCAGCAGUUGAACGCGAGUUCAGCUUUACUGAUAAUACUAUUACACAAAAGCGCUCAAAAUUACCACCAGAUUCAGGAAAUGAUAUUGUUUUCAAUCAUUAA